UUCACGCUGUGGUUAGCUAAGCUUGCCACCUAAAAACAAAAAGAUCUAAAGAUUCCGGAAUCGUGCAAAUAAUGGCGAAGGUGUUUCUCCGAACACCGAAUUGCUUCUUGCAGACGGGCUCGAGUAUACCAAAGUUGAAUCUCUCCACGGCCCUGAUGAGCCAGCCACCCCCGAACUUCGGCGUGUCCCAGGUGUCUCCGGUCUCGAUGUCGGCGCUGGUCUCGGCGGUAAGGUCUCCCGUUGGCGGUCAGCUGCCAUCCUCCGCUGGUGGAGCACCCAUGCCACCGAUUCCCAACAUGUCCAACAUGUCCGGUAUGCCACCGCUGCCGAACAUGCCCGGCAGCAUUCCCACCAUGCCGACCAUGCCCAGCAUGGCGGGGCCCAUCAGGCGGCGCAUCAGCGACAAGUCUGCCCUUUCACUGGCAGGAGGACUGUAUGACGAGGGCACUGUAAGGCGCAGAGUAGCCGUCGAUAGAUCUGGAAUAGAUAUUAACGAAGAAAUCCAACGAAAUAGGGAAUUUUACAAGAACGCCGACGUCCGACCGCCGUUCACGUAUGCAUCAUUAAUACGACAGUCGAUCAUCGAGUCCCCGGACAAACAGCUGACGCUGAACGAGAUCUACAAUUGGUUCCAGAACACGUUCUGCUACUUCCGACGCAACGCCGCUACGUGGAAGGUAUAUCUCUUGACUUCAGUUAACAUAAGCGUUUCAGCCAUUGCAACGACGGAGAUAAUCCCACAGAACGCGACGACAGCCUUCCGUUGAAAGCUCUCUGAACAAGCUUUUGCGAUCGCUUUGCAAUCGUACAACAACGAAAAAAAAAAAAGGAAAUUUCGGCUGCUAGAUUCUUUCUCGAACGGCGAUUCCGUGAAUCGAAAAUUCGUCAUUCGGUCGACGAAUAAAUCACUAGAGUAAUGCCACGUUGAAAAGUUGACCAGACGAUUUAUCGAUCGAAGAAGAUGGCGCGAUUGGUCCCUGGAUCCGGGGACCAAUGAUUCGGGAACCGAAGAUCGCGUCCAGGAAGCCUGGAUGUAUGGUUCUCUAAAUGGAUGAGCUCAGCGUGGCACGGAGUUAUGCAACGUUUGAUUGCAAGUCACGAAGACGAGACGACUGGUCGUGCAAUUUGCAUUUACGAGCAAAUUAAGCUGAAUGCGUUUAACUAGAAGGGACGAGCUUUCAAGAAUCUCAGAUAAUCUUACGUAUUAAUUUGAAUUAACAGGCUGACCGAUGCCGCCUAGCGGACGAGCUGGUAACGAUUAUUGUGUUGCUUUCCCGAUUGAACGGGGGAGACCCGGUAACGUGUGGACUAUUACAACGCAUUACGAUUCAUUCGUGGAGUACACAUCGUCGAUGGUGUCUAUUCAGGCUGUGUUAUAUCAUUUCUUCAGGGGAGAGGUCGGGACUUGGACGAACGUUGCUUAGAUGGGAUCGAGCUUGAAACGUAGAAUUUGAAAUGGAUUUUAAUUUCGUGUGACUUUUAAUCCUAGAAUUUACCAUGAGCAAGGUGCUUUCUGACGUUUACGGGGAUUUGAGUUUUCGUAGACAAAAUUUAAACAGAUUUUCUUGGAUGUAUAUUUUAAUGGAAAACAAAGCGUAAUUUUAUAUGAUGUAAAUAUCGAACUUGACAGUUUGUCUGUCUGUUUGUCUGUUGUAGAAGUAGGGGUUGGUUGUCUGGUUAGAGUAUUCAAGUUUCGGGAAUAGAGAUUUUAAUAUACAGUUUAGUUGU